GGCCCCUUUAAAUAUAUUUUGGUGUAGCUGAAAAUGAGAAUUAUAUGUAUUCUUUGAAUUCAAAUAUCCUUUCAAGCUUUAUAUUUAUGUGGCUGCAUUCUUCUCUAUGAUUCUCCAUUUAUGUUUAGCAAAGAGAACACAAUGUUUUGUAGUAGAAUGGAUGUUGGAAAACCAAACAGCCAUCAUUCAUUAGUAGUUAUAUUUCUACCACAAGAUGGUAGCAUAUCCAGCCAUUCCAUGUAGGGAAGAAUUUCUGCCUGGAAAUGAGAGGCGGGUCCCAAAAUAGAAGGAGAGUGAGGCAGCGGAGAGAGGGAAUGAGAAGAAAGAUGAGAAGUGAGUGGAGAAAACGGAGCGUUUGAGUCUCUCAUGCUGUCACAUCUGAAGCAAAGUGUAUCCAUCCGGGGUCCAGAAAACAGACAGAUGAGUUUUUCCAGCCAGCCAGCAGACACAUGUGGAAGCUGCUGCUGCCCUCCCUGCAGAGAGCUGGGUAGACGAUCCUGGAGCCAGACGGCAGCAGCAUGCCCCCUAACCGGCUCUGAGCUGUCCACCUUCGCCCAUUCCUCUACAAUCCUGUCGCUCCACUUUGUGAAGAUGUAGUCUGUUGGAUCUCCAUGGAGAUGUCUCCAAACACCGUCUCCUCUGUCUUGUUCCCAUGGUCACUUUGGCUGCUGUUCUUCCUGACCCCCGUCACCCGGACAACCAGCUCCGCCCUCUCCUCUGAAGCUCCUCCGCCGGCCAAUACCACGCUGCUGUUUGACAGUGGCACCAGCCUGCGGAACUGCAGCUGCUCCGCGGCGCUGCGGGACUGUGACGAGGCUCUGGCCAACUCGCUGUGCAGGUGCCACACGGCCCCCCGCUCCGCCCUCCCCCGCGCAGGCCUCACAGAGCCCGGGACCCUCACCGUGUGGGUGAAGGAACUCUGGGUCCUGGAGGAGCUUCUGAACAGCAGCAGGGUUGGCCAUUUGCGGUUGUCUUUUUGUGGAAUAAAACCAAUGGACAGUCAGUACCUGGCUCUGCUGGGUCUGCAGACCCUCAGGAUCCACAGUGCAGUCCCAGAGGCCCCCUACCCCCACCAGGAGAUGACCAUCUCCCCAGCAGCGGGGCUUGCGAUGGAGAUAGAAACCUUCUCCUUUGACAUCUCCUCCUCCCUCCACGUGACCUUUCUGGAUGUAGCAGUUCUCAACGGGCUCUCUGCCCUGAAGGCGUACAGUGUUUUGGGACCACCUGCUCACACCCUCUCCCAGCACUUCCCCCACCUGGCCUUACCCCUUGCUCUGCCAUCCACUGAUACUCCUGGUGACCCUACAGACCCCAGUGAGCAGGCCUCAGAGCCUCCACUGCUUUUUACGUUUGUCUACUAACAACAACACGCUCCUAUCACUGAAAAAACGAAAGCGUUGACUUUAAUUAAGUGUAUUAUGUCAACAAUUUACACACAUUUGUAUUAGGUUAAUUAAAGGUAAUAAUAUUACGUUGAAAUAAAAGUAUUAGGUUCAACCUUAUAUUAUUGCUUACACAUAACCUUAUUCAGUUAUGUGUAAUUUGUUGACAUUUCAGUUCAGUGUCUUCAGUGUAUUCAGGCCCAUGCAUGCAGUACAAGGGACAACUGGUGCGCAGGAGUUACCAAACAGCUGGAUGUACUGUAGGAGAAGUUGCACAUGUGGAAUAUAAGACCCUUUUGGUUGACAGGCUGCUGUACUGUCAGUCUGGCCUACAGGUGGCUUUGAGCCGGGGCUCCAGAGAGGCUGACAUCCCUCUCCCCCUGAUGUUCAUCCUCAAAGGAGAAUGUUGACUCCAGGAUUGUCACAUGUUUGCUUCCCACCCCUGAAAGAUAAUGCAGACAAACACACAAACACAAGGUUUGAGAACGUUAACAGAAGCUACCUAGUCAUGCCUUUCUUUAGAAUAUUGUUGGUAUCCUUAUACAACAUAAAUAAUGUUGAAGCUGUAACGACCUUGAUUCUCAAGUCUAUCUAUGCGAUGCUUUACUUGUGCUAAUGUUUUGGAACUGCAGCUCAUAUUUGGGUGUAGAUACAUGGUGUGUUUACAUGCGGAAAUAUUAUCAUGUAAGCACAAUAUAAAUGCUUAACAAUGUACUAAUGCUUCAUGGAUCAUACUGUAGGGCUGUGAGCUGAGAAAGAGGGAAUUACAAUUUAAAUAUUUCUUCCCAUGUCCACAUUCAUGGCAGGAAGAAGACAUAAGCCCGUUUUUAGGUAAGUGAGUUUUGGGUUGCCAGGUUGUGAACAAAUAUUGGUAUUUUACUUUCUAAUAAGCAAAAUAAAGUUAAUUAUAAAAGUCAGUCGAUAAUUACUUUAUUAAAUUAUUUACGUUUAAAUUAAAUGAUUAUAACAUUGACACUCUUUAUAGCCAAAGUAAUUUAAGCAACUUGGCAACUUCUAAUUAUAAUGGCUGUUAAGUGAUCAUAAAGCAUUAGUCAAUCAUUUGUUAACCAAUUGUAAAGGCAAAAAUAGUAACUAGAAAAAGUUUUGUUUUUUUACUAGAAAAAGUAAAAACCAUUUAAAAGUUUGCCUUACUAGGAGGUACCAAAUAUGUUUAUGCGGAGGAAUGAGUUCAUGGAAAAAAGCUUAUACAAGAACAAGCUGUUAACAUGGUUCACUAUUAGAGCUAAUGUUGGAUCUCAUCAAACCUUCUUAUAAUCUCAAUAAGAGCUUACAUUUUUAAGCUCUUAAAUGGAGUGUUAGCGGCUUAUUUGCAGAUGUUCUCGUAAAUACUACUCUCCGUGUUCACUCUGACAAUAGGUAGCUGGAUGCCAUACAGGCCAUGGUUACGCCUGACAUUAUAACACAAGUUAUUAUGGAGGUCACAUCACUGCGUGUCCACAUCUGGCCUUGAACAUUUUCUUUCCAACUGCCAAUUUUCACAUUGGAUCCGGAACACUUGACAGCGUUGUGAGCUCAAGCUGGUUUUGUAGCCCAGCUUUCAAGUGUUGAUCCGAUGACACCCAGCAGGUGAACAUGUGACAAGUGUAACCACAGUGUAGCUACAACUGUCCAGACGGAAUCAUACACCACAACAAUAAUAUCCACAGGGUGAUAUGUUCAAGACCCCACUAACAGCUGCCAAUAUUGUGUUAGCUCCUCGCCCAUCCAGGUGUAGUCAGAUAUAUCAAGGCAGUUGUUUCUGAUUGACAUGAAGGCAGUUGAUGAGUGGAAAGAGAAACUUGAAUAUAUCAGUGGAGAAACUGAGAAAUUAACGAUGUGUUCCUCCCCCAGUGCAUUGUAGCUAGAUGUGAAUGAUGAGAAUCCUGUCCCAGGCUAAUUGAUUUGAUGUAUUAAUGAGGUUUUAAUCCCAAAAGUGAAGCACAUUUUUCUCGAGUCGCGCCCGGACCAUUGAACAUUUGCCACUUGGUCGAUGAGUUAGUUUGACGCUGACAUCAUGACGUUGUUUGAUCAGAAAUGAAGGAAAGCUGUGUUGGCUAUGAUCAAUAAAUAAUCAUAAACGCCCCACAUGUGGAUGAGUUAACACGAUUUUAAAGUAACAUGGCGUGUAUAACAGUAACAUGGCCGCCGCAUUUAUUCCUUAUUUAGAUGACUUCAUUUGUAGUGUUGGCGAAGAGGCUACAUUGUUAGCAUAGACCUGAUCGAGCUCCAUUGAGAAAACAAGUGUUUUAAAACCGGUUUGCUUGGCGUCUUGCGGACGGAAAUAAAGUCAGAACCCUUCAAAUCUGCAUCAUAUAGUUUCAACAGCAAAAUUGGGUUGUCUUUGGUUCAAACUGCUGUAGUAAAUCAGAUAAGCGUGUUAGCAAUACAUACCGCGGUCAAACUUGUGUUGCUCUGCACCGUUGGUUUGAACACAGCAUAACACAAGGACAAAGACUGUUAAUAAGAACCACCAGAGGCAUUUUCGUAGGACGAGGGUUUUUACAAAGUAACAGAGAGUCCUUAGGGGCCCCAUGCCCCUUUAACUCCGAGGUUUAAUGCAGCCCUGGAUUAAAGAAUGUUUAUCCAACUGGAUUAAAGCCAUGCCAUAUUUAGUAAAUUGUAAAGGGUUUAUAGAUGUCUGCGUUGUAUCUACAGUUCUAAUUUGCAACAUGUGGCGGCUCUUGUAGUUCACCUUCAUGCUGCAGUCUCAAUAAAUGACUUGCUGUGGGGAAAGGAGAAAGCAAAAGAACAAAUGCAUGCCUCAGGGAUCAAUAGAGCACAAUAAAAAACAAGAUGUUCUGUGGCAGCUGAUUCCAGUGAACACUGGCUGGAACCUGUCCAAACAAUCCAGUGUGGGGUCAGCCUGUGCACCGGGGCUGGAGGAUAUCUUCAGUCGGGAAGGGAGCUCUAAAAGUGGUUUAACUUUGUUAAAGAUAUAUAUUUAAAGUAAAUUAUAGUCUAAUUGUCUUUUGUCCAGAUUAGGACAGCUGUCCGGGGCAAAAACAUAGAAGAUAGUAUAAGUAAACAGAAAAAUGGAGGACAAGGACUGUGUCAGUCUGCUGUGGUAUGAGGAGGCGCAGUAGGCUGCUGCGUUUUCCCAGCUGCUCUUAUUGAGUGCAGAUGGCCUAAUAAAACAAGUUGUUUUGUAACAGGUUAGAAUGGACGGCCAAUUAACAAGAUUGUUAGGACCCUAUGUCACCAGGCAACUAAUAGCACUGUGUUUGGAUCAGGACAAUGACUGUUUAGUUGAUUGAGUUAUGCACUUAUUAGCACGCUAAGAGCCAAGAUGGCUGCUCUCUUUAAGGAUAGAGCAGGCGUCACUCUGAAUUUCCCUGAACUUCCUCAGUGGUCUGCGUUUUGUCUCUGGAUAGUAUUUGCAGUCACUUACGCUGAAUGUGAGAGGGAUUACAGGAGAGUUUGGAAAAAAAGAAGUCAAGGUUGUUUCAUGCUUUUGUCUGCUCUCUGGUUCCAGCUCAUAUCCUGUGAGAGACUUGCUUAAAGCUGCUCUCACAAACACAACCCAGAUUCCAGGGCCAACACUUCUGUUCCGCAGAUCAUUCAAUCACCCUUGUGUGUGUGUGUGUGUGUGUGUGUGUGUGUGUGUGUGUGUGUGUGUGUGUGUGUGUGUGUGUGUGUGUGUGUGUGUGUGUGUGUGUGCAACAUGGGUGUGUGUCAUCUCCUUUUUGCCAACUUCACAGUAAAUGUUUCACUCAUGAAUGAUUGGGUUUAAUUCAACAUCACAGUGAUACAUUAACAGAUAGAAUGUGUGCAGUACAAAGUUGCUCAAAAGUCUCACGGUGUAUAACUUAAUAACUCUAUAGUUUUCUAUAUUUAAGGGAUCAACUCAUCCAAAGAGUUUUAAAACAGCUUCAUGAUGCAAACAUUUGAAAAAAAAGAAAGGACAAGAGAUGCUUGUCCAGUUACUCCCAGAGGAACAGGGAUGAAACACUGUGUCAGGAUUUUGCACCAUGUUGAGUGCCUCUAAUUUAUAUACCAAGAACAAUGUGGUAAUUAGAACAAAUCAGAACAGUGCUACUUUAGAUGCGUUAAAACUUACAUUGCAUAUUUUACAUUAGCCAUGAGUCUAUUGUCGCUACUGCAACUAUUGAUUCUAAAAUUUGAUUUCAACCUGAAUUAUUUUUCAGUUUUCAGUUAUUUAGUUUUGUAUGUUUAUGUCAAAUGUAAGUCCUAUACUAUUAUGUUAGCUCUGUUUAGCUGCUUACUGCUCCACUUUGUUUACCCUCUGGUCUCUAACUGUGUCUGUCUGCUGCUUAAUGCUGAGCACACUCUGUCCAGUGGCCUUUUACUGAAAACAGCUCAAUGAAGGCUGAAUGGAACUGCAAAGGCACAUUAGUGGCCUCCAUCAUGCUGUGUAAGUCGCCUUCUUCUAUGACACUUGCCAUUAUUUGAGCUUAUCUGUCUUUAUUUAGUUUUGUGUGUACUUUAUUUGUUCCUGCCGUGUUAUUUGUUAAAGCUGCACACUUGCAACAUUUGCACUUGCUGCUUCUUUCCACUUCAUGGUAAGGCUCUCUUUUGGUACCUGGUGCUUUUAUUGAUUUUGUGUUCAACUGCAGACACUACCACCCUCUGCACUGUCAACAAGACACUUGCAGAAUCCUUUCAUUAGCAACCAAAACAGAGGUCCUUCCUGAAUUGUAUGGAUAAUAUCAUUACUUCAUGUCUGUUUCCUGUGACAAUUCUCUAUGAUCGAUCAGUGGUCCACCCUGUUUUUGUUUUUUUGGCUAACCUCACUUCGGACCUCGACCAUGGUGUUCCCAAAGAAAGUAUAAACAACUUUUGCAAAUGGAAACCAAACAUUGCCAGUGGAGCUGAUUAGAGCCCUAGCGGCUGUGCCAUGCUGUGGAAAUGUGGCAUUACUGUUUCUUUAACUCUUGGGUAUGGAAACAGGAUGAUGACUAUACCGCCUGGGCCUGGGAGUUUUACCAUGCCCCUUUUCCGAAACAAGACUUAACUGUGGCUCUUUCUUUGUUGAAUGGAAACACAUUUCAUUAUGCAACAGGCAAAAUGAAUGCCUGUGUAACUGCGAUGAUUACCAUCUGGAAAAGAAUACAGCCAGAGCAUGGCAAGUUGCUCAGUAAAGAGUAGUUGGUACUGAAAGGCGUUCCAGACACCUUUUUGUUGCCUUUGCGCCAACAUUUAACAGCCAGUGUUCAGCAGAGGAACAGACAGGGAGUUCACCCACCCAUAACAUUAUUGCUCUUACCGAGAAAUCCGCAUUUAGUCACUCCCAUCUGGUGAACGGGGUGAUUACACACCUAUUAAUGCUUUUCAGACAGGAUGUUCAGAGCAGGCCAUGAGACUUGGUGCUCAUGCUCCCUUCAGCACAGCAUUAAAACGUCUGGAACAUUCCACCACAAAAUGAUUGAAAAUGAGAUCACUGGGUUUUUUGGGUUCGACAUCACUCUCUUGUGUUGGAGCCUCGACCUCCUUUUCUUUCUCUUUCUUUUUUUCUCUGUCUUGAUCUUCAUCACCGCACCUUAAGUAAUGCAUCAGGGAAUGUAAUUAUUCAAAUGUAAAACACAGAUUUGUAAUGUGUAAGCCAAGGCUAAUGCGCCUUAGGUUGGAACACAUGACAGCAGAUCUGCAUUUGUACAACUGUUGACAUGUUGAGUGAAUCGUGUACUGUUUUAAGAACGGCUUGUGUAUUCAGGACUGGCUUGAGAGGUUUGAUUUGUAUAUAAUUUGGCUUAUUUAAGAAGAUUCCAGGAGCUAAUUUGUUUAUCAUGAAAGACGAUGUGGAUUGUUCCUUUUGCCCACACACGUUAUCCCUCUGUAUAGCCUGAGAAAAUAAAAGAUUUGUUAUAAAA